AUGACUACCCAGCCACAUACCCCUAAUCCUCCUCGGCCAAAGAAGACCAAGGACAAGAAGAUCUUCAGCUGCCAUGCGUGCCGACGGCGCAAACUCAAAUGUGAUCGAUUUGAUCCAUGCGGAGCAUGCCAGGCACGCGGGGAGGGAGAUCGAUGUACGUGGGAAGAAGGGCAGAGACCGGAGCGACACCAUUGUGAAAGUCUCGAACACCUUCCUAAAAUGAUCUCAAACUUGAGCAAAGAAGUCCAAGAACUCAAAUUGCUGAACUCGAGUAUCAUGGAGAACUUUCGUGGCAAAGGUACAGAUGCCAUGGCAGACACUGCUUUGAUGACACCCGAGCCACGGCCUCAUUCAAAUGGAGGACUCUCCUAUAAUCACAAUAGUCAGUGGGGUUCCAAACUAUCAGAACCCCAUCAAUGGACCACGUUUGAGUUGAUGACGCUGCUCCCUGCAAGCCCCCUUCUCUGGGGUUUAGUUUCACAUUAUGUUAGUCUUUCCUACAUUCUUCCGGAGAUCUCUUCUUCCGCCUCACUCACGGGCUUUAUCGAUGUCCAUCAACUCAUUAAUGACGUUGAAGAAGUCGAAAAUAUCCGUCAAGCAUUUGACAUGAGCCAAGCCUGUAAGGCACUCCAGAUAAAAGUAUCCCGCAUCAUAUCAUGCGCCAGCCUCGCCGUCGUGGACUUGGAUCUAGCCAAGGCACAAGAGCUAGGAAUUGAAGCAUAUGAAAUUGAUGCUUUGAUUCGUGAUUUAUAUCGGAAGGCACGGAUGCUCAUUACACCAACUGAUGCAGACAUGAUUUCUACUACAUCACUAUCAACUACAACAACAUCCUCAAUUUCCAGCAUUCACAACACUCUCGACCAGAGUUCAAACAACGUGGCUAUCUCACAAACACCGCCUCCAACCAGCUACGAUCCAACUCUGCUCGGGGUAGUAUCUAUCAAGAUCCUCCUUCUUCUCACAGCGCGAUCUUUUGCAGCACCCUCUGAAUAUCUCAAGCUCCAUCUAGACGCCAUCUCAUCGGCAAUAGACGUGUCCCUGGAUUCAGCCGGUAGUCCAGACAUGUCACCCGCUGAGAGCGAAUUGCGCUGGCAGUUAUGGUCCACGCUAUGUGUAAUGGACUGGUCAUCCCCAGGCAUAUAUCACCACGGUAGCUACUUCAUUCGCUCAGAGAUGCUCAGAGAUCCUCCAUCACCAUCACCAGUCGCCGAUGACAGCAAUGCAAUGUCCCUAGACCGUCUCCAACAAACGCGCCAUUAUCUGGAGUACUCACUUGGACUCGCACAUCUGGCCCGGCGCGCAGAGAAUUGUAUUCUACGAACAGGACCCGUACUACCAUCUCAGGCAGCGGACCUCUGCGCCGAAUUAGAUAACUUCGAUCACAACCUAAGUUUCUAUCAACUACUUGGAAGCGCAAGUUCUACUUCUGAAGGUCGGACUAGCCCAUCGUCCAACGGAGCCACAUGGCUGGCCAGAGAAAGCAUCAAACACUCAGCUCGUCACGCCACUCAGGUCCAGAAGAUGCACCUCAGCCUCGAGCUCGGACUUAUUCGAUUCAAAAUCUUCCGGCACGAGGCAUUUCACCUGCUGCACGAGCCCUCAACUGCAGCUCCAUUGCGACUUAUGUGUCUGGAUGCCUGUAUGGAUGCAUGCAUCCUCGUUCUAUCUCUAUGCCGCCGCCUUGGGAACGGGGAGGCUAUCAUAGAUCGUGUUCCGGAUAUCUUUGAGGUUGCCAAUCGACCCUGUACGGGGAGCUUGCGUCGCGUUUUACAGCCUGCCUCGGCGGCUGCACUGGUUGGACAGGUGCUGCUGCAUGAAUCUCGGUCUGCUGAUGGAAUGGUAACACGGCCUGAUCAGCCUGUACCUCCUGGGCGGGACUUCUUUGCUUUUGCAGGUGGCUUUAAGAACAACUGGGCAGUUCCUGCUAGGUUGAGUGAAGAGAAGGUUAGUGUCUUGCAGUGGCAUGUCAAUACGGUAUUGUCGCUGCUGGAGGCGAUGCGUGGGACUUCUUCAUUGGCAAGGUCUAAGUUGGGGUUACAUAUGCAAUGUAUGUGA